CAGUGGGAUGUUCUUUACAUGGAUCUUUCAGUAAAAGCAGGCACUCAUACGAAAACACGUUGAAGUUGGCCAUUGACAAAGGCGAACUAUUGGAAUCCCGAAUGAACGGGUUGUUUGAGAAAACGGAGGUUCUUUGUUUAAGUGUGGGGGAUAUGUAUCAUCUUUCAGAUGUUAAGGUGAAGUCCUCUUCGUUCUACAAUUUAAGAGUCCUUGUCGUUUCAGAGUGUGCAGAGUUGAAACACCUCUUCACACUUGGUGUUGCAAAUACUUUGUCAAAGCUUGAGCAUCUUGAAGUCUACAAAUGCGAUAAUAUGGAAGAACUCAUACAUACCGGGGGUAGUGAAGGAGAUACAAUUACAUUCCCCAAGCUGAAGCUUUUAUAUUUGCAUGGGCUGCCAAACCUAUUGGGUUUGUGUCUUAAUGUCAACGCAAUUGAGCUACCAGAACUUGUGCAAAUGAAGCUUUACAGCAUUCCGGGUUUCACAAGCAUUUAUCCGCGGAACAAGUUGGAAGCAUCUAGUUUGUUGAAAGAAGAGGUUGUGAUUCCUAAGUUGGAUAUACUUGAAAUUCAUGACAUGGAGAAUUUAAAGGAAAUAUGGCCUAGUGAGCUUAGUAGAGGUGAGAAAGUUAAGUUGAGAGAGAUUAAAGUGAGAAAUUGUGAUAAACUUGUGAAUCUAUUUCCACACAAUCCCAUGUCUCUGCUGCAUCAUCUUGAAGAGCUUAUAGUCGAGAAAUGUGGUUCCAUUGAAGAGUUGUUCAACAUCGACUUGGAUUGUGCCAGUGUAAUUGGAGAAGAAGACAACAACAGCAGCUUAAGAAACAUCAAAGUGGAGAAUUCAAUGAAGCUAAGAGAGGUGUGGAGGAUAAAAGGUGCAGAUAACUCUCGUCCCCUCUUUCGUGGCUUUCAAGCUGUUGAAAAGAUAAUCAUUACGAGAUGUAAGAGGUUUACAAAUGUAUUCACACCUAUCACCACCAAUUUUGAUCUGGGGGCACUUUUGGAGAUUUCAGUUGAUUGUAGAGGAAAUGGUGAAUCAGACCAGAGUAACCAAGAGCAAGAGCAGAUUGAAAUUCUAUCAGAGAAAGAGACAUUACAAGAAGCCACUGACAGUAUUUCUAAUGUUGUAUUCCCAUCCUGUCUCAUGCACUCUUUUCAUAACCUCCAUAUGCUUGCAUUGAGUAAUUAUGAAGGAGUGGAGGUGGUGUUUGAGAUAGAGAGUGAGAGUCCAACAAGUAGAGAAUUGGUAACAACUCACCAUAACCAACAUUCUAUAUUUCCCUACCUCCAGGAAUUGUAUCUAAGGAAUAUGGACAACACGAGUCAUGUGUGGAAGUGCAGCAACUGGAAUAAAUUCUUCACUCUUCCAAAACAACAAUCAGAAUCCCCAUUCCACAACCUCACAACCAUAAAUAUUGAUUUUUGCAGAAGCAUUAAGUACUUGUUUUCACCUCUCAUGGCAGAACUUCUUUCCAACCUAAAGAAAGUCAGGAUAGAUGGUUGUUAUGGUAUUGAAGAAGUUGUUUCAAAGAGAGAUGAUGAGGAUGAAGAAAUGACUACAUUUACAUCUACCCACACAACCACCAACUUGUUCCCUCAUCUUGAUUCUCUCACUCUAAAAUACAUGCACUGUCUGAAGUGUAUUGGUGGAGGUGGUGCCAAGGAUGAGGGGAGCAAUGAAAUAUCUUUCAAUAAUACCACUGCAACUACUGCUGUUCUUGAUCAAUUUGAGUUGUCUGAAGCAGGUGGUGUUUCUUGGAGCUUAUGCCAAUACGCUAGAGAGAUAAAAAUAGGCAACUGCCAUGCAUUGUCAAGUGUGAUUCCAUGUUAUGCAGCAGGACAAAUGCAAAAGCUUCAAGUGCUGACAGUAAAGUAUUGCAAUGGGAUGAAGGAGGUAUUUGAAACUCAAUUAGGGACGAGCAGCAACAAAAACAACGAGAAGAGUGGUUGUGAGGAAGGAAAUGGUGGAAUUCCAAGAGUAAAUAACAAUGUUAUUAUGCUUCCCAAUCUAAAGAUAUUAAGAAUUGAAAAUUGUUGGGGUUUGGAACAUAUAUUCACAUUCUCUGCACUUGAAAGCCUGAGACAGCUGGAACAGUUAACGGUAAGAUAUUGCUUCGGAAUGAAAGUGAUUGUGAAGAAGGAAGAAGAUGAAUAUGGAGAGCAGCAAACAACAACAACGAAGGGGGCAUCUUCUUCUUAUUCUUCUUCUUCUUCUUCUUCUUCUUCUUCUUCUAAGAAGGUUGUGGUCUUUCCUCGUCUCAAGUACAUUGCACUAGAUGAUCUACUAGAGCUGGAGGGUUUCUUCUUGGGGAAGAAUGAGUUCCAGAUGCCUUCAUUAGAUAAACUUAUCAUCAAGAAAUGCCCAGAAAUGAUGGUGUUUACAGCUGGUGGGUCCACAGCUCCCCAACUCAAGUAUAUACACACAGAAUUAGGCAGACAUGCUCUUGAUCAAGAAUCUGGCCUUAACUUUCAUCAGACCUCAUUCCAAAGUUUAUACGGUGACACCUCGGGCCCUGCUACUUCAGAAGGGACAACUUGGUCUUUUCAUAACUUGAUCGAAUUAGAUGUAAAAUAUAAUAUGGAUGUUAAAAAGAUUAUUCCAUCCAGUGAGUUGCUGCAACUGCAAAAGCUGGAAAAGAUUCUUGUAAGCUGGUGUGAUGGGGUAGAGGAGGUAUUUGAAACUGCAUUGGAAGCAGCAGGGAGAAAUGGAAAUAGUGGAAGUGGAAGUGGUUUUGAUGAAUCAUCACAAAUAACUACUACUACUCUUGUCAAUCUUCCAAACCUUGGAGAAAUGAAGUUAGAGUAUCUCAAUGGUCUGAGGUAUAUAUGGAAGAGCAAUCAGUGGACAGCAUUUGAGUUUCCAAACCUAACAAGAGUUGAUAUCUAUAAAUGUAAAAGGUUAGAACAUGUAUUUACUAGUUCCAUGGUUGGUAGUCUAUUGCAACUCCAAAAGCUACGCAUAUGGAACUGCAGUCAGAUAGAGGUCGUGAUUGUUCAGGAUGCAGAUGUUUGUGUAGAAGAAGACAAAGAGAAAGAAUCUGAUGGCAAGACGAAUAAGGAGAUACUUGUGUUACCUCGUCUAAAGUCCUUGAUAUUAAAACACCUUCCAUGUCUUAAGGGGUUUAGCUUGGGGAAGGAGGAUUUUUCAUUCCCAUUAUUGGAUACUUUGGAAAUCUACGAAUGCCCAGCAAUAACCACCUUCACCAAGGGAAAUUCCGCUACUCCACAGCUAAAAGAAAUUAAAACAAAUUUUGGCUUCUUUUAUGCUGCAGGGGAAAAAGACAUCAACUCCUCUAUUAUAAAGAUCAAACAACAGGAUUUCAAACAAGACUCUGAUUAAUGUGAAGUGAAUAUUAAAGGAUGAAUAUUCAAGGGAAGAAUUGUUCAUCAUAUGAAGGACAUUAAAGAACAUGGAUGCUAUGAAGAUGUUGGGAAAACAUAUGUAUCAAGUGGCAAGCUGCUUAAUGAUCUAAGUUUGUUGGUUGAGGAUGUUGAUUUUAAUAUUUCAAAUUCAUUGGUAUCAUUAUAUGGGCUUAUCAAUAGUGUUAAUGGGAUAAUGAGUGACUUAACCUAAAUUAUGUUGUUGGUAAAUGUUGGACAAGUAUGGAAAAUUAGGAAUGACUUGUGAAAAAUAUAUGGAAAAGUAUUAUGAAACUAUAUAUAGUAUAUAAAUUAAUGCAACAUACUCUUGGAAGC